AUGUCUGCUGUGACAAUUUCGUCGGCACCAUUCAGUAGCGAUGCAGAAGCCCUGAUUGCUGCUCCUCGAAUACUCAGUUCCAUUGAAGGACUCACGGAAGUGCCUGAAGGAGAACCGGUCCAUUUGGAAUUACGGGUUUCACCUCCGGGCGAUCUCCAGGUUCAGUGGUACAAAGAUGGACAUUCUCUCAGUGCA